CUAUAUAAAUAUACACAUAUUUUUAUAUCUGACGUCCCGGUUUACCAAAAAAUUAAAAUAAAAUAAAAUAAAAAUUCAGAGAGGAUGGGUCUUGAUCUUGAUCUGGAAUCUAUAUCGGAGGCGACGUCAGGAGCCGUUGGAUCACUCGUCAGCACCACCCUGCUGUACCCGCUCGACACCUGCAAAACCAGGUACCAAGCCGAAGUUCGAGGCAAUGACCGGGCCAAAUACAGGAACCUUUCGGAUGUGUUUUGGGAAGCGAUAUCCACACGUCAGGUUCUUUCACUGUAUCAGGGUCUUGAAACAAAAAACCUGCAAUCCUUCAUUUCUCAGUUUGUUUAUUUUUAUGGGUAUAGCUACUUCAAAAGACUCUAUGUGGAAACAAGUGGGGUUAAAUCGAUAGGGACAAGAGCAAACUUAGUUCUUGCUGCUGCUGCUGGAGCUUGCACUGCCAUUGCAACUCAGCCGUUGGAUACAGCCUCGUCAAGGAUGCAGACAAGUGCCUUUGGAAAAUCCAAAGGCUUGUGGAAGACUCUUACAGAGGGCAGCUGGAUUGAUGCAUUUGAUGGUCUCGGAAUCUCCCUGUUGCUGACCGCGAACCCUGCAAUUCAGUAUACAGUGUUCGAUCAGCUAAAACUGAGACUCCUGAAAAGGAAGAAUAAAACGGGCAAGGAUUCUUCUCCAGAAGCCCUUUCUGCCUUCACAGCAUUUGUUUUAGGUGCAGUCUCAAAGACUGUUGCCACUGUUCUGACCUACCCCGCCAUCAGGUGUAAGGUCAUGAUCCAAGCUGCUGACGAAGAUGGUGGAGAAAACCCCCAGCCAAAGUCCAGCAAAACGAUUCCAGCAGUUCUAUGUGCCAUAUGGAAAAGGGAAGGGAUUUUCGGCUUCUUCAAGGGCUUGCAUGCUCAGAUCUUGAAGACCGUCCUGAGCUCGGCAUUGCUUCUGAUGAUCAAGGAAAAGAUCUCCGCCGCUACUUGGGUUCUUCUACUUUCAAUCAGAAGGUCUCUAUUGCUCACAAGGGGCAGACUAAAAAGUGCUUGAUUGCAGUUGCGUCGACAGGAAUUUGCAGAAUUCACAUGUAAAUUGUGUGGGAGUCUUUAUCUGAAUAGUUGAAACAGAUGUACUCUUUGAAUUUGGGGUACUAAUUUUCGGAUAGGAGCUCGUAUUUUUUUAAUAAAGAGGUUUUGUUUGUUAGAGGAGAAUGAUGGUUCCGGCCUUGCUUCCAAGAUGGUGGCCUUGUCAAUCUGUUGGAGCUUAGUUCUUAGGGUGAAACUUUUAAUCAGGGAAAUAAUGUAGCUCAGAAUUUUUGAUCUGCAAAAAUAUUGAUUUAUUACCCUAGUAAAUGUGAUUACCGAUAGUAAUUUUAUUUGUGAAUUAUGUUCAA